AUGCCAGGACACGAAAUCGACGACGUCAUAAAUCAACGUUUGAAUUUGUACGAUGUGCUAGAGUUGCCCACCCCGCUGGACGCCCGGAGCCUUUACGAUGACUUGCCCCUAAUCAAACGCAAAUACAGGUCACUGGCCUUGAAAUACCAUCCGGACAAGCACCCGAACGAUCCGUUGGUCAUACACAAGUUCCAUUUGCUGUCGACGGCAACCAACAUCCUCACCAAUACCGACGUGCGGCCCCACUACGACCGCUGGCUAAUCGAUUACCAACGGAAAAUAAACGAUGUCGAAAGGAAUAAACUAAUUCAAAAGUUGGAGCUGUCUGAAUCUAGCACGGCAACUGCCGCCCAUCCGCAUGCUGACCUAUCGCACAUUCAGCGCUACGGCGAACUACUCAGAAAGCUAAAACACUUCAACAUGUCCUACGGUGACUGGAAGCAUCUGGACCAGAAAGAUCAAAAAAACGCUUCGCACCAUCCGUACUACGAUUGCUCCACGUUGAGAAUCGUCCUUGAAAACUUCCCGCAUUCGCACGCUAAAUCAAGCUGUUUUGCCCAUUUGCGAAAUCACAUAUUCACCACGCUCAACCCGGAUGAGAUCCACGACAUCUACUUUUCUGAAAGAAACAAUUACUCCAAAGACGAUUCCAUAAUAAUAUACACCGUGUUUGACUCGCCCAUCACAGCCCAACACGUAUUCCGGAGCUGGUCGAGUGGUAACGUCAUACCCACAGUUCAAGAUAUAUCGCCGUUGAUUCCGCUACACUACUAUUCGGACUUCAACUUGAAGACGGAACUAAACGAUGACAUUGUAAGACUGGUCUCUAAUGAACCUAUUCUUCUCGAAUAA